UAUUAUAUUAUAGUUGUCCGCAGAACGUCGUCGCGCUUGUAACUGCUUCGCGUGUGAUGACAUAAUAUUUUGUGAGUCCGAUCGAUGCAUAAUAAUUAUAUAGGCUCUGUAUAAACCGAGUCGUCGUGUUUUUCUGAAACAGUAAUUUAUUAUUUAAAUUUGUUUUAUACAUUUUUACUUGUUCGAAUAUUUACCGCGUGGAAAUACGUACGAGAAGAGCGCAUUAUGUUAUGAUAAAAUAUAUUAAUACUAUCAUAAAAGUAUUGCCUUCCCCAAACAUCAAUAUUCUUCAUAUUUUAACAAGCGUCGUCCGAUAUGGUGUUAACAACGUACAGUACGACCACUGCGCUUCUUGCGUGGGCGUUACGUUUUUCGAUUACGCAGUGUGCCGAAAACCACCAGAAAAUCGGCCCUUGUACGUUUAUUGUUCAUCCGGUGUGUCCCGACCCUUCGAUCAAUUUUUACUUAUACACCAGAGAGAAUCAAUAUGACCCUCAAUUGGUCACGGUAGAAAAUAUUACCGAGUCAUACUACGUCAAGUCUCUUCCAAAUAAGUUUAUUUUACACGGUUUCAACAGUAAUAUGAUGCUAAACGUACUUCAAAGUAUAAAAGAUGAAUACCUAAUGCAGGCAGACGUCAACGUCUGGAUGAUCGAUUACCGUGACGUCUCGGCCGGGCCCCGUGAGUGUUAUUUGGCUGCGGUGUUCAACCUGCCGGCGGUGGGGAAGUGCACUGCUCUGUUCGUGCGUAAAAUCAUUGAGCUGUCCGAGGUGGAUGUGCCCGAAGAGGCGAUGCACGUGAUCGGGUUCAGCUUGGGUGGCCAGUUGGCUAGUCAGAUAUCCAAAAACCUUAAGCCCAUCAAGUUGCCGAGGAUCACGGGACUGGAUCCGGCCUUGCCGUUGUUCUACAGCUCGCACCUUAACAGAAGACUGAGUCGCAACGACGCCGAUUUCGUGGACGUGAUACACACGAACGCGUUGAUCCAGGGCCAGUUGGCGCCAUGCGGUGACGUAGACUUUUAUGUCAACGGCGGAUUAGCGCAACCGGGCUGCCACAACAGUUCAAAUCCGAUUGGUUGUGAUCAUCACAUGGCUCCGACUUACUUCGCCGAGAGCAUCAGAUCGGUGACGGGUUUCUGGUCUUGGCCGUGUCCGAGUGCGUUCGAAUACUUCUCUGGCAAGUGUCCACGGCAAGGCGACCACGAGCUGAUGGGAGAGUGCGUGAACCUCAGUGCCAGAGGUCAAUACGUAUUGCACACGAACAGUGAACCACCUUAUGCGCAAGGCGACUGGACGCGGUGAACACCAGGACAUUGAAGGAGAGUCGUGUCCCGCCACGCUGUUAUUAUAACGUUCGAAUAAACCAUGAAACUCGCACGCUACUGAAACACGAAAAUAAUUACUAUGCCGUUGCGUUUUCGAUGAAUAUUUUAUCAACUAUUGUUUUAUUUUUUUAAUUUUAAUAUUAUAUGUAGUCCGAGUUCAGAACGGACACAAUACAAUAAUAAUAUAAUAUAAUAUUAUGAUACAAUGUCGUAGGGUUUCGAAUUAUAAAACAUGACAAUAAUAUUAUAAUAGCAGUGUGUCUAGAAAUACAUUGCGUGUGCUUUUAUAGUGAAUAAUACUAUAGUAGUGAUCGAUAUUGAAUCUUCGGGGAAUUUCGAAGACGAGAAAGCGAAUCGUUAUAAAGAAUAAAAAUGAUUGCAAGUUUAAAAACUUUAAAGAAGAACUUACACGAGUUGAACUUUUAAACAUAUAAAAAUAUCGAAAAUGCAUGUAGGCACAACGCAUGUCCUCUUUUAUACCAUCAUCAGUCAUCAUUAUAAAUUAUUAUUAUAGUAUUAUCCUAUAUAAUAUUAUGAUCAUCAUCGUUAGAUGAUGUUGUCAUAUAAUAUUAUAUCAGUGCAUACUAGCAUAUUAUAUAUGGGCAAUGGCUAUAUUAACAAUAUAGUGGGAAUUGUGCCAGAACGGGGAAUAGAGAAAGACUAUUUUAAUCAAUUCCUCUCAUUCUGGCAGAUGUUUUAUCAUAAUAUUAUAUAUAUAUUAAUUUACAUCAAUAUAUUCAUGAUAUCUUAUAUAAGA